AUGGCUCUUUCGCUUAAUUAUCAGAGUGAUAAACGUAGGACCUCCCCACAAGGCGGUUCAACGUUGGAUUCUAGCCAUAAUCCAAGCAGUCAACUAUUCUCUUAUCAAUCUUUUAAAGGCGCAUUUAAAGCUCAAAAACGACACAUCUUUGAAGUGUCACCAAAUGUUGAGAAUGGUAGUUUUAAACCUCUCAACGCCUAUUCAACCUUUGUGGAAGCUAAAGAACGAAACUCAAUUGUAAUCGACUGCGCCCAAUUUUUGGGCAUGGAAUUUAAAGACAAGCCUUUACUCAAAAUAUUGCGCGAACAAUUUCCCAAAUGCCUUGGCCUCAAACCUAGAGUAAUUGGCAAGAACAAAAGAAAGGCUAUAGAGCUUGGUUUCUCGACUGAAAACGCAUGUAGAGACGCUCUCCUUAAAGAAUUUGUAGUGAAUGGAAAGAAAAUUGAACUGAACAAGACCCUUGACCAUUCUGCAAUGGUAAUCAACAUUGGUAUAUCUGAAAUUCCCCUCAUGGAAGAAGAAGUAUUGAAGACAGCAUUGAUCAAUACCUUUGAACGCUUUGGCGACAUUUUGAACAUUGGUAUCUCCAAGUGCGCUGACUCCGAUUGGUUCACCGGUCGCGGUUUUGCUACACUCAAUAGGGAUAAAUUAAAAGAAGCAACGUAUGCAGCUGAGCUCACUCCCCAAGUGGAACUUGUAGGUUUCCCAGGAGUAUUACUGAACAUCGUUUGGUCUCAAAUGAAACCUAUUUGCACUGACUGCCAUACAGACGAGCACAUCAAGUUUGACUGCCCCAAGAGAAUGAGAAAGCUAUGCUUCCGCUGCAAGAGUCCUAACCAUCUGCAAGCUAAAUGCCCUACGGCACCUUGGAAUCGUGAACCUAAA